AUCGGUCGAACCCGUCCCGAACCCGCCUGCUCAGGUCCAGAGCGGGGGGCAUCAAGCAUCGCAUUGGACAGACUUCUGCAAAAUAUAUUACCUCGUUGAUAGACUUCACCACUCUUCGGCCGGACGCCUCUGGGCACCAUAUACAGUAUACACGGAUAAGCGAGCCUGCAUAUACACGCUACUGCACUGCACGACAUUGGCAGGCCGCAGGACGACGAACGUCACCCGUAUGACAGAGCACUCCUAGGCAUCGUCUGCGAGGAUAGUUGUUGCACAGUUGCGCGCCGUGCAUACAAAGAAGCCUUUCGCGCCGCCGCCGCCAUGCCUCGUGAUCUGUCUUCGCUCCUGUCACAGGCGACAGACGACACUCUCGACAGCAUGCCUCAGCUGUCAAGUCAGAAGCAGGAGGGUCCGCCGCUGCAAACCCCAUUUCUUUCAUCCAACGACGACGAUCAGGACCAGGAUUCCGAUGCCACCGAAUACAUGGACGAAUUGGGGCAGAGCAAUGAGAAGCGCGACCCUCUCCAUCCCUACACGCAGACCCUCUCGCUUUCCGAUGUCGAAAGCUGUGUCCGCCUAGAAGACGCCGCCUUUCCGCCAGCUGAAAGAGCCUCUCGGGAAAAGUUCCAAUACCGGUUGAAGAAUUGCGGCGAGCUGAGCUUGGGAAUCUUCACCUCAGAAGAGAACUCCGAAGCAACGACCGCCUCAACCGCGUCACCAGCCUGGAGCGGAGCUCCGGAGCGCAAAUCCAUCCUUCUGGGGCAUAUUGUAUCGACAAUGACCACCAGUUCGACAGUCACAGACGAUGAUAUGAGCAUUCCCACAGCCGACAAUCCAGACUCCAAGCUUGGCCACAAGCCUGAAGGUCGGACGGUCUGCAUACACAGCCUGGCGGUCCUGCCAGAGUACCAAGGGCGCAGUCUCGGUGGCACGCUCAUGAAAGCCUACUUGCAUCGACUAAAGACUCAGAGUGUCGCAGAUCGAGCUGCUCUCAUUGCUCACGACCAUCUACUACCGUACUACGAACGAUUUGGCUUCAAGAAUCUCGGGCCGAGCAAGGCGCAAUUUGGUGGUGGAGGAUGGUACGAUAUGACUGUCGAACUGGACGCCCUAGAAGACGAUGAAUGAUCGUUUUUGUCCGCCAUGCUUGUGAAACUGCUAGAUUGAGAUCUAGUGAAAUUUGGAAACUGCAGCAGCACUUGCGUGCCUGACACUUGCAACAGGCCGGCGCUCUCCAUGCCAGCUGCUAGAACCGCUUUGGGACGACACAUUCGAUCAGGACCACGUUGAUACCAUAUUGCAGUUGGAAAAUUGCAC